UUUUUAAACGUCAAAAAAAUUUAUGAUUGACAGAUAAGAGGCGAUUUUGCGUUAAAUUAGGUAAUACUACUUAAAAAAGGUAGAGAUAUGAAUUUGCUUUGAUGUCUCGAAGACCGUCUCCAUUGGAUAGCGAGCAGUGCAGGCAAUGUUCGAGUUUUUCCGAUUAUGUUAGACAAACCAAGAAAAAAGACUCUGAAGCAUUUGUAGAGAUGCCACGGAGGCCCGAUUGUCCUUUAGAUAAGGACGAACUGGGUAGUAAAACAUGGGGUUUUCUGCAUACGAUGGCAGCAAAGUACCCCAAAAAACCCGAUGCAAGCCAGCAAAAGGAAAUGAAGACGUUUUUUACCAUAUUUUCCAAGUUUUAUCCGUGCGAUCAUUGUGCUGAAGAGUUUCGAGAAGAGUUGAAGCAGUUUCCGCCAAAGACAGAGUCGCAAGAAGCCCUCAGUCAAUGGUUGUGCAAAAUUCACAAUGUAAUAAACGUAAAAACAGGAAAAAAAGAGUUUGACUGCACAAAAGUGAAUCAAAGAUGGCGAGACGGCUGGAUAGACGGAUCGUGUGAUUAAAAAAUGUUAUUUAUUAUCUUUAUUACUUACCUCAUGUAAAUAAGAAUACCUAAACAGUAGGAUUUUAAAGUAAUGUAAGCGCUAUAACUGUUUUUAUUAUUUAUUUUAUAGCAUUUGUUGAGUAUUUUUAUAAAUUUCUUAAACUUUGAA